CAACUCACAAAGCUCAAAUCAAAAUCAUUUCCUGGCCAUAGAAGAAGAAGAAGAAGAAGAAGAAAGUGAAGGAUUUACGCGAUGGCCUUUGCUUUCAGACGGCGAGCUUCUCUAAUCGUUCUAGCUAUCGUUUUCUUCGGGAGUUUAUUUGCAUUUUCCAUUGCGAAAGAGGAAGCAACCAAGCUAGGAACCGUAAUUGGCAUAGACCUUGGUACAACAUACUCUUGUGUGGGCGUUUACAGAAAUGGUCAUGUUGAAAUCAUAGCCAAUGACCAGGGUAAUCGAAUUACCCCGUCAUGGGUUGCAUUCACUGAUACUGAGAGAUUGAUCGGUGAGGCUGCCAAGAAUCAGGCAGCUGUCAAUGCCGAAAGGACUAUCUUUGAUGUAAAGAGACUUAUCGGAAGAAAGUUUGAGGACAAGGAGGUUCAGAAGGAUAUGAAGCUUGUUCCAUACAAGAUUGUGAACAAGGACGGAAAGCCUUAUGUACAAGUCAAGAUUAGGGAUGGGGAGACUAAGGUUUUCAGUCCUGAGGAGAUAAGUGCCAUGAUUCUCACUAAGAUGAAGGAGACAGCUGAAGCAUUCCUUGGAAAGAAAAUCAAGGAUGCCGUUGUAACUGUACCAGCUUAUUUCAAUGAUGCCCAGAGGCAGGCAACCAAGGAUGCCGGUGUCAUUGCUGGUUUGAAUGUUGCAAGAAUCAUUAAUGAACCAACUGCAGCAGCCAUUGCCUAUGGUUUAGAUAAAAAGGAUGGUGAAAAGAACAUUCUCGUCUUCGACCUUGGUGGUGGGACAUUUGAUGUCAGUAUUUUGACAAUUGAUAAUGGUGUUUUUGAAGUUCUUGCCACAAAUGGAGAUACUCAUUUGGGAGGUGAGGAUUUUGAUCAGAGAGUCAUGGAGUACUUCAUCAAGUUGAUCAAGAAGAAGCAUGGAAAGGACAUUAGCAAGGACAAUAGAGCUCUUGGAAAGCUUAGAAGAGAAAGUGAACGUGCCAAGAGAGCUUUGAGUAGCCAACAUCAAGUUCGUGUCGAGAUUGAAUCUCUCUUUGACGGUGUGGAUUUCUCUGAACCGCUUACCAGAGCUAGGUUUGAAGAGUUGAAUAACGACUUAUUCAGAAAGACCAUGGGACCAGUUAAGAAGGCAAUGGAGGAUGCUGGAUUGCAGAAGCACCAGAUUGAUGAAAUUGUUCUUGUUGGUGGCAGCACCAGAAUUCCAAAGGUUCAGCAGCUCCUGAAGGAUUACUUUGAUGGGAAGGAGCCCAACAAGGGUGUGAACCCUGACGAGGCUGUUGCUUAUGGUGCUGCUGUUCAAGGAGGGAUUCUAAGCGGAGAGGGUGGUGACGAAACCAAAGAUAUACUUCUCCUGGACGUUGCUCCACUCACUCUUGGCAUUGAAACUGUUGGUGGAGUGAUGACCAAGUUGAUUCCUAGAAACACUGUUAUUCCAACUAAGAAGUCUCAAGUUUUCACCACCUACCAAGAUCAACAAACAACUGUCACUAUUCAGGUCUUCGAGGGUGAAAGGAGUCUCACAAAGGACUGCAGGCUGCUUGGGAAAUUUGAUUUAACCGGAAUUGCCCCAGCUCCAAGAGGAACUCCACAGAUUGAGGUGACGUUCGAGGUUGAUGCCAAUGGUAUCCUAAAUGUUAAGGCUGAGGACAAGGCCUCAGGGAAAUCUGAGAAAAUCACCAUUACAAAUGACAAGGGUAGGCUGAGUCAGGAGGAGAUUGACAGGAUGGUCCGGGAGGCUGAGGAGUUUGCAGAGGAAGACAAGAAAGUCAAGGAGAAAAUUGAUGCCCGUAACAGCUUAGAGACAUAUGUUUACAACAUGAAGAACCAGAUCAACGAUAAGGACAAGUUGGCUGACAAAUUAGAAUCUGAUGAGAAGGAAAAGAUUGAGACAGCAGUUAAUGAAGCCCUUGAGUGGCUAGACGACAAUCAGAAGGCUGAGAAGGAGGACUAUGAGGAGAAGCUGAAGGAGGUAGAGGCUGUAUGCAACCCAAUCAUAACUGCUGUUUAUCAGAGGUCUGGUGGAGCCCCAGGAGGCCCUUCAGGUGGAGAAGAUGAUGAUGAUGAUUCACAUGAUGAGCUUUAAAUUGUUUAGCUUAAUUUCUUGACCAUAGCAUAGGAAGAAAAACGUGGAAACACCAUUAAGGGGAGUGAUUUUCCUUUCGUUCAGUUUUGAAAUUGAAUUAUUGGAGAUGUAUAGUAUGCCAUGUUACAACUGAAAGGAAAUUUAUAUUCUUUCUUCUCAUUUUGGAACA